GGGAGAAGACGUGCACAGUUGAUUCGGAGAGUGAUAUAUUGACAGAUUGACAGCUGGAAGUGAAUAGUACGUUAUUGUAUAUGAUGAUCACAAACUUAAACGCGCACUUCAUUUGAAGAGUUAGUGGAAGACACAGAGCAAAAUGUCUUCAGGAAAUGUUGUCAUUAUCCCCGUUGACGGGAGCAAAAACAGUGAAAGAGCAGUAAGCUGUAAGUCUCUGUUUGAAAAAAACCGUAGAUCAAAACUUACGUGCAAUAUUUGUUUACGUUCUCAAAUUUACAAAGCUAAACUUUGCUUAGCUUAGUCAUAUCCACAUGAUCAGAUAUUGGUUAUAAAAUAAUGAUCGGGAAUAUUUCAAAGAUUAAUUGGUCUAUCGAUGUACAUCGUUCGCUGAUAUGUGCACUCCGAUUCGCUGGGAUCUUCUCCCAGGUUUCUUGUACUGUGUCCGAACGUCGAAAAGAGACUUAAUCAAGAAGAAACUCUCUUUUUUGUGAUUCUUUUGCCUCCCCUUGAGAGUUUAUUAAUACAAUGUUAAAAUUAGAGUUUAAGCGUGAUUAACUUAAGAAAAACAAUGCCACGAAAGCGAGAAUCAAGAUUAACAAAUAUCGCGCAUUUUUAGUCCUACAGCACACACGUGAAAUAUUGGUCGACUUUAUUUUGUGAUUUCAAAUUGCAGCCGAAUGGUACAUUUCUGAAAUGCUUAAAUGUAUUUGUUUAUUUACCAAAUCUACUUUUGUCGACCUAUGUGAUUUCAUCAUGGCGGUAGUUUUGGUAGAAUUUUACCAAUCAAAUAUUAUAAAACCUUAACGGAAUAUUGCUGCGAUAUUGUUUUAACUCUAGAGGUCCAUAUUGUAAAUUAGUAAGAAAGAUUGACAGAAGUACUUAUGGAUAUUUGCUGAUUCCUUUUUUUAAGAACCAAAUAUCAAAAUAGCAAGGUUACAUAAGCGCCACCUUAACAUCCUACUUCUUGAGACAUAGAGUGUUCUUUUUUCAUGUUUCUCCCAUUGAGCAGGUGAUUAGGAGUACAUUACAUGCAAAUUCAAUGACUUUAAUUACUUUUUGAUUUGAGUGUAGAGAUUGGGUAAAUUCUGUUUGUUUUUGGUUUUUUAAAUUUUUUAAUCAUUUUUCAUCAGGGUAUCUAGAUCAUCUUCACUCUAAAGGUGACAGAGUUGUUUUCAUCCAUGCAUUUGAUCCUCCACCUAUGCAAUCUGCAAAACACAGUAAGUACAGGUUUAUUGGAUCUAAUGAUCAUAAAACUUCCACUGAAACCAUGUGUUCAAAAAGCCCAGAUACUAUCAAACUUAGGGUACAUGUAAUAUCUACCUUGAGGGUAUCUGAACUAUAUUGUAGAGAUGCAAAACUGGUUUUUGAUAUUAGUUCAGAAAUCUUUCUUGAAACUUGGGACAGUAGUGUUAUUUGAUGGAACAAAUAGGUUUACAUGUAGAUAUAGAUCUACAGCUGCCUCAAGGUUAGCUUAACCCUUUAACUCCCAUGACUGACCAAGACAAAAUUUCUCCUUACAAGAUCAAUACAAUAUCAACCAGAUAAGUGAUGAGAAUAGAGAAAAAUAUCAGUUUAGGGAUAAUAAGUUGAUCCAGUACUGAAUUCUCUGAACUGACAUUAUACGAAUUGUAUGGUUGACCGUGAGAAGAAUUACAAAUUUGAUCUGGGAGUUAAAGAGUUAAGGGAUAUUUUUGAAGAUUUUUAGUUUGUUGAGUCAUAAAUUACUUCUUUUAAUUAGUAUAAGAACUAUACCUACCUGAUUGCAGCAAUGUUGUCGCUGAAGAACACAAAAGCUAUAGAAGGAAAACAGACAGGCAACAAAGGAAUUAAUCAGCAAUAGUCAUACAAUGACUAAGCUACUUUUUUAGAAUGUCAAAAUAAUAACUAACCCUCUAAGACUGAACUUCUUUUCCAAAUUAAUUCUCCGGCCUUUCAUACACAUAGUUACAGGAAAACUCUCUUUUUAUCAUUGCAUAAGAAGAUCAGAGUUACUUUUUGAAAGAACUCUUAUAUUUGCUGGUUCAUUGCAGAAUGUUGGAUGGAGUCAAUGCUGAAUUUGAAUUUUACAUGUAGCUUGCUUUUAUUUGAGUUCCCUGUUUUUUCACUCACUCAGGUGAUUUCCCAUUUUUUCCUUGUCGAGAACACAUCUGGAGAAAUUUCAUUGAAUGAAACAAUGAAAUUUCUCAAGAUGUGCAUAUCAGUGUUCAGAUUUCUACUUAACUUUAAUUCUUCAUUUUUCUUGCAUGAUUAAUUUUUUUUCGCAUUUUUGUAUUACAGUCAAGCCUCUUUUUGUGACAACUUCUUGCUAGUGACCACUUUUUUCAAUUUAAAUUGCAGUUAUACUAAAACAAGGAAUGAACUAAAAUGACCUAAAACAACCUAAAAUGAUCUUGAGUGAUGCACACAAUGAAGUAAAAUAACCUUGACUGAUGUCUGAUGUAACCAAAAAUGACAUUUAAGUCUAGCUGAAAAGAUCCAUAAUAGUAGCUGGUAGUAGCUCAAUGAUCUAAGGUGUUCUAAGUGGUCUAAAGUGACAUAUUAUUAAAUAAAACUAAGAAGGUAAGCACUUAGUUUGCACAUUCCCACACUUUUCCUUAGAGCGUGUUCAAAUUCUCAAAGGUUCCUCUUACUUGUAACUGAUCACUGAAUCUUGCAAUGCAUGACGCUUUCAUAAAUUAAUAGUUUGCUUUUUCUUGAGACAUCACCUUGGGAUGCCUGUGAUAUGGCUGACAAUUACUUUUUUUAAAUUGUUCCAGUAAAGUUAAAACAUCAUUUCAUGUCAUUUUAGUCAGUGCAGGUUAUUUCCAAUCAUUUUAGGUCAAUACAUCAGUCAAGGUUAUUUCCAAUCAUUUUAGGUCAAUACAUCAGUCAAGGUUAUUUUAGGUCCUUUUAGGUCAUUUCAGACAUCACUUAAGGUCAUUUUAGGUCAUUUUAGAAAUCACUCAAGGUCAUUUUAGGUCAUUUUAAGUCAUUUUAAGUCAUUUUAAGUCAUUUUAGGUCAUUCCCUGUUUUAGUAACUACCUUUUCAAAUUACCAAAAGUUUCCAAGUCAAAUCACUUCAAAUGAAACCUCUUGAAACUGGACAUCUCUUGCAAGCAACCACUUUAAGAGAUGCUUGUUUUUAAGAUUCAUUUGUUUUUAACCCACCAUAGGCCACCAAUUGACAGACAAUUGGCCUUAUCUCUCACAACAUAAUUUGAAAAAUGUUUUAACAAAUGUUUCCAUAUAGCCACCAGAAGUGUUUUUCAAAAUAACUUAAAUGCAUGAAUAAAGUAACAAACAAGCCAAGCUUCUUUCAUGUGAAUUGUCCCAAAUGCUGUUUGAAAUAGUUUGUGAGAUACAAAGCAAUUGGGUCCAUAGAUUCCAUGAUUUUUUUCCUUAAAUCAUUUGCAAAAAGUUCUUACCAUAGGUUUCAAUAAGCACUGGCAAAAGGGUCCAAAUUACCCAAAAUAUGGAACCUCUGUGGCCUGACCUCUGAUAAGGAACUGCCUUCCGUAAGCAACCACCUACACUUGACAUUUUGGGUGGUCACUAACCGGAGGUUCCACUGUAGCCCUAAACACAGUUUGAAUUUGGUUAAAUUGAUGCAGAUAGGUGGAUAUACACAAUAAUAUGUAUUUCAUGCUCUCCUCCAAUUUCUCCCUAUAUCUCCUCACUAAUUGAAGAAGGAAAAUUUGGCAGGAUAUCUUAAUUUAUCAUUAUGAUAUAAACUAUGGUUUUAUACAAGGAUUUCCAGCCCUGAGAAAAGCCAUAACAUCACAGGUGAAAAAAUACAAUAUUUUCUCAGGUGUGUUUGAUAUUGUCGAUUAGCUGCUGACACAUUACUUGCCUUUUGUGCUACCAUUCUCAAUCCAAGGUUGUCUGUCAGAAUUUUUUCAGAUUGUGGCUGCUAAAACACUGAAAAAUCUGUAUCGCUGGCAGACAGUGACACUCAAACUUUCCUAUAAGGGGAAGAAACAAAAUGUGAAAAGAAAAACCAAAAGUUAUGUAUUCAGUGGCUUUGGUAAUGAAAUUUCUUGUGGCUGAAAAUGAAAAUCGAAUACAGGAAGAUUUGCCACAGGUUGAUUUUAUGCACUGUAUCUUUUUAUUUCCAUUUGUUGUGAAAGUCAACUUUUUUCGUCAAUAAAGGGCUAUCAUGUUUAUAUGAAUUAAACAAAAUAAUACAUGGUUGCUUGUAGAUAUGGAAUUUCUCUUUUUUUGUGUUCAACUUGACAUCUCACUGGUGAGCUACCAAGUUAAACACUCAAAGAAAAAUUCUAAAUCAAUGCACACCCAUGUAGUAUUCUCUUUAUAAUGCACUGUCUUAUGACUGAUAGUCUAUCAGUUCUGAGUGUGUUUUCUGGUAUAGGUAUUGGUUAAAUACAUGUAUGUAAGGAGAUCAAAUAUGAUUUUGUAUUUAAUUUAAUCACUUCUGCAAACAGAAGGGUUAAACAGUUUGAAUUCAAUACAAAAAGUCUUUUCCAGACUUGUAUGCACAGCAUAGAAGUAAUCAAAAAUGUAAAAUAAUAAACUGUGAGAUUGGAUGUUGGAGACCACCCCCUCUAAAAAAAGUCUAGUUGUACAAGGUAGGGUUUCAAUGAAUUUGUCUGCAGAGAAUUACAUCCAGGACAAAAGCUUCACCGCUUGCAUGACAAGCAUGUUGUUUUGCCACCAAAGAUAUGAGACUGUCCUCUUAAUUUAUUCCAAACUAGCUGCUUCAAUCAUUGUUUCUCAAGAGGCAAGAUGCUCAUUCAACUCAAGAGACAGAAGUCUCACCUUUAAAGAUGAUAUGCUUGACUUGUGCAAAAUAAGACCAAGCAGUAAUUUUUUUUAGCAGUACUGUCACUACUGAAUGACCAUGUAUUAUUUGCCGUUUACUCUUGAUCUUUUACCAUCAAUAAUUGUUUUUCUUUCCUUUUCUGGACAGCAAGUGUUGACCUCAAGAACAACUAUGAUGAGUGGUGUGUCUUAAUUCAGAAGGCCCAAGACAAAGCCAGGGGCCUUCUGAAAGAGUAUGAUGAAAAAUUUGCCUCCCUAAAGGUCAGUGCAAGUCUUCUUUCGUACAGUAAGUGCAUUUCAUAUUGGUAAGCUCAUGUUGUAUGUUAUUUAUAACUUUGCAAGCUUUGACUACAAUGCAAUCAGGACAAGAGAAAAGGUUGUGUUCCUUGAUGUUACUUCCAGUGAUUUCUAUCCCCAUGUGCUUUUAGAGUUCCUCUUUGUGCAUUAAAUUAUUGGUUCUUAGAUUUUUGUCCUUUUGUCCUGUUGCCAUGCUAACUUAAAAAGUGCUCCCCUCCUAAUCAGCACCCCCAUUUUAACUGAAAUAUUGAAGGAGUGCCCAAGCACUUAUUUGAGGAAAUACUGUACAUCAUGUUGCUCCCUGUGUUAUGGUCGGGCCUUAUUAUUGUUUAUACAGAAACCCAUUUAACCCAACCUUACAUCUGAAAUGAAAAGAUAUAGUUAUGAGUCAAUAAUUUCAUCACAUUUUUGUUUUUGUACCACAUCCUUUUGAAUUUUCACUUGGAAUCUUGGGUGUUGGUGAAAGUUACUUUCAGGUGAACUGGAGCUGACUGAAUCUUCAAAGUGUUGACACACUCAAUACAUCAUAUGUACUUCACAUAUACCAAGUACUAAGUUAAUUCCACCCCCCUUUCCCAUGGCAAAAGUUAAAAGUUCUGAAUUUUAAAGGUAGUUGAAGAUCAAGGCUAAGAAAAAAAACAUUAUUCUUGUUUGAUAGGGACAACUGUCAUACAAGAUGAUUCAUGAUUCAGGCAAACCAGGAGAGGUCAUAAUUAGUUACAGCAAGAAAGAAAAUGGAACAGUAUUAGUAAUGGGUUGCCGAGGACUGGGCAAGCUUCGGAGAACAUUGCUAGGGAGUGUCAGCGAUUAUGUUGUUCGGCAUUCUUCCAUACCUGUGAUUGUGAUACCUCCAGCUAAGUGAUGGAGAGGCAACCAAGUAGUACAAUAAGCAUAGAUUAUUAAUGAAGGAAAAGAAACAUUGUUAUUUAGAAAGCUACAAAAUGCAGUGAUGCAAGCUAGAGUCAAGUCAAUCAAUAGUAUUUAGUGUUAUUAAGUUGAAAUAAUUUUAGAUUAUAUGAAUAGAAAUGAUUUGUUUGACACACAAUGCAUCACUUCAUAAUUUAAUGUACAUGUUAGUGAUAUUCAGAUACCUGUCAAUCAUUUUCGAGUCAAAGUAGUAGAAUUUUUUUAUUUUAGACAAUUUAAUUAUGUCUGCAGAUGCUUGUGGACUUUUGGGAACACUCCUUCCAUUUCCAAAGUUGUCCCAGAGAGUUGCUUCACAACCUUUUCUUUGAUGUCCCCUUUUCUUAAAUCAGAGAUGUUUGGGAAAGCAUGAUCACUUGCAAGAACCUAUCUCUUCUUCAUUUACUUUUUUGUUACCUUACGCACUUAAAGAAAAUAUGUCAGUCAAAACUUUAACAUUAAAGGUCCAAAUUUUAUCACAGGUGUUAGAUUUUGGCAGCUAGAUAGAAUUUACUAUUAGUAUUACUUAAGCUAAAACUGAGGUACAAUCUAUUUGUAAUUUAUUGUACAGUUGAACUACUAUAAUAAGUGUUCCCACCCCCCAGGCCAUAAAUUUCAUAGAAGCACCCCUUCCCCUACAAAAACCUCCAUGUGCCCACUGAUUUUCAUUAAUAGUAGAGAUACAAGAAAACCUGUUUCUAUUGGCGUAAUAUUUAUAACUUUUUAAGCUUCAACUACAGUGGAAUUAGUACAGGAGAAAUGUUUCUCUUCAAUCUUGUUCCAGUUGUUUCCAACUCCACGUGCUUGCAGUGUUCUUUUGUGUGUCAUCAGUUCUAUUUAUUUUCACCCAUUGCUGGGCUAACUUAUUAAGCACCCCCUUGAUUAAGCCCCCUCCUUUCAAUAGGUGCUGCCUUCCACCCCACCCUGCCCCACCCCCCUUUUAGCCAUCAAUCAGCAUCUGGAUCAUCAAAUCAGCACCUGGAUGCUUAUUUAAGGAAAUAUGGUAUCUUUAAAGUUCCAAGGAACAAUUAAAAUCCUACUUAUUUUGAACAACAUAAUCCAGGGGAACAAAUUUUAUGUACCAUAUCAGAUAUUGUUAAGAACAAAUAAUACCUAGCAUUUUUAGGGAAAGUUGGGAAAUAUCCACACCAUAACAGCAAAUGAUUACAUAAAUCUACUCUAAAGGAAGCUCUCUGAUUUAAAUAUAUAAAAAUCAAUAUGAGAACACUUUGUUUGCACAACUACAUACAAG